CAGUUCCCGUCAAGCAAAGACCUGAACAAAGCUGGAGGGAACACUCAACUUGCAUCUGGGGUAGGUGAGAGCAGAAGCCUCAUCUCCACAAGAGGCCAGGGCCUCCUUCCUCUCACUUCCCACCCGGGAGCAACACUAAGAACCUCCGCCUCCGCCUCGGGCUGGGACGGGGCGAGCCAGGGGACCGAAGCACGCACGCGCGAGACGCGGAGCGACGCACGCGCGGCAGGCGGAGGCAGUGUCAUGGCGUCAUCACCGUGCGACCUUUCUUCCGGGAGAGGAGCGUCCGCCGUACUGAGUUGUUGAAAUGGCAGGUGAAGAAAUGAAUGAGGACUAUCCUGUAGAAAUCCAUGAAUCUUUAUCAGCCCUGGAGAGCUCCCUGGGUGCUGUGGAUGACAUGCUGAAGACCAUGAUGUCUGUCUCUAGAAAUGAGUUGUUGCAGAAGUUGGACCCACUGGAACAAGCAAAGGUGGAUUUAGUUUCUGCAUACACAUUAAACUCCAUGUUUUGGGUUUAUUUGGCAACCCAAGGAGUUAAUCCGAAGGAACAUCCAGUGAAGCAAGAAUUGGAAAGAAUCAGAGUCUACAUGAACAGAGUCAAAGAAAUAACAGACAAGAAAAAGGCUGCCAAGCUGGACAGAGGUGCCGCCUCGAGAUUUGUCAAAAACGCGCUCUGGGAACCAAAACGGAAAAACACACCAAACGUUGCUAAUAAAGGAAAGAGUAAACAUUAACUUUUUGGUUUUGAUGGACAUGUUUCCAAAAAGUACAUCGUUUUUAUCAGUUUACAAAAUAGGUAGUUAUGUGGCAAUGUGAGGUUUAAAUGGAUUCCUUUUUGAAUUCAUAUAUAAAUUUACACAUUAAAUUUGUGAUACUGAAUCUUUUUUUGCUGAGAAAGAUUAAGUUGUCAUUAUUGAUUUUCAUAUAGAGCAUCAUGUUUUUAAUGUUGUAAGAUAUUCUGUAAGCAAUUGUGAAAUCCAAAUGUUCUUUGUAAACAUUUGUAGUGUUUUAAGUGAAUAAUGAUAUUAUGAAAUGUGCUGUCUGGAGACUGGAGUUAUCAGGACAUCUGUUUCCACUAAUGAUGAUAAAUGCAAUGACUUAAAUACCCACUUUGUUUUCUGUUUAGUUAGUUCAACAUGGUUCUGUGAUUUUUGGAGUAAUUGCUUUCUUGAUAUUCAAAAUGCAGAAUUGAAACCUUAAGACUGUCCUUUAAUUCUUCAUGUUCCAUUUACAAUAAAACGUUCUCGUUACCACUGGUGGAAACUGA